CAUCGAUGUUUUCACAUUCCCUAGUUACCAUCUCUAGCAGAAGCGUUCCCGAGAAAAUUGCGCUAGAAUUAGCAAAAAAGGGAAAAUAAUCAAAUAAUAGUAGCAUUACAACUAAUUAUUAGUAGCGCUUGCAGUUUGCAUUUAAGAGACAGACGCGCGUGUAAAGCAGAUUUUGGAGAUUGCAACGAAAGACAGGAACGAAAAGGAGUAGAGAACUAUGUCUGGCAUCGCCAUUACACGACUGGGGGAGGAGCGCAAGGCCUGGCGUAAGGAUCACCCGUUCGGCUUUGUGGCCCGACCAGCGAAGAACCCGGACGGCACCCUCAACCUGAUGAUCUGGGAGUGCGCCAUUCCCGGCAAGAAGUCGACGCCAUGGGAGGGCGGUCUCUACAAGCUCCGCAUGAUAUUCAAGGACGACUACCCCACUUCGCCGCCGAAGUGUAAGUUCGAGCCGCCACUUUUUCAUCCCAACGUUUACCCGUCGGGCACCGUGUGUCUGUCGCUGCUGGACGAGGAGAAGGACUGGCGUCCCGCCAUAACCAUUAAACAGAUUCUGCUGGGCAUCCAGGACCUGCUAAACGAACCCAACAUCAAGGAUCCGGCCCAGGCGGAGGCCUACACCAUCUACUGCCAGAAUCGUUUGGAGUAUGAGAAGCGUGUGCGCGCCCAGGCUCGUGCCAUGGCGGCCACCGAGUAAUGCAUACCAUCAACUCCCUUACAUAGAAAUAAACACACAACAAACACACCCACAACAAAGUCGAACAUCUAGAAGAGAGGCGUUUUCGAGAACGCUUUUCGCAUCUUUUUACUUUUACAAUAUCGAUUUAAUUGAAAACUACGCAACACUACACCUAACGACAGCAACUGGAUGCGAGAGAGAGAGUCCACACAAUUCCCACAGCAUCC